UCGAUACUGGUCUGUGUGUUCAGCCUUUCCCAGAGUUCAUUGACCUCGGACACCAGCAGACCUCAGAUCAGCUCAGAGGCGCUUCAUAUUCGCCCACAAACGCCUCAAAGAACCAAGACCAUCAACCGACUUUAGAGUCUGAGCAGAAGGUGUGUGUCUCUGUGUGGACGUCAGUCAGCAUGGCGGUGUGCCUCCAGGUUCUGGGUCUGUUCCUGGGUGUGGUGUCCUGGUGUCUGCAGUCCAGCUGUACGUCCUCUCAGACGUGGAAGGUGAGGAGUCAGGCGGAGACGGUCACCACCAGCUCCUGGCAGUUUGAGGGCUUAUGGAUGAGCUGUGCCGCCACGGCGAUGGGGUCCGUUCAGUGCAGCAGGUUCAAGACGGUGCUGGGCCUGCCAGGUCAUCUCCAGGCCUGCAGAGCUCUGAUGAUCAUGUCCUUGAUCAUCGGCCUGGCCUCCAUCAUCAUCUCUGUGCUCGGACUCAAGUGCACAAAGAUCGGCAGGACGUCUGAGAAGGUCAAGGAGCAGAUCGCCCUGAGUGGAGGCAUCCUGUUCAUCCUCUCUGGUGUCUUCACCCUGACUGCAGUCUCCUGGUAUGCUGCAAGAGUCAUCAACGACUUCCACGACCCGUUCCAUGGUGGCCUGAAGUUUGAGCUGGGAACUGGUCUAUACCUGGGCUGGACCUCCUCCAGCCUGGCCAUACUGGGGGGAUCUCUGCUCUGCUGCAGCUGUAGGAGGAGCUCCUCCACCCCCCCUGCAAGGCAGUUUUCCUACUACUCCAACACCAGCGGAGGUCAGAGCAUCUACAAAGCAGCUCCAGCCUCUGAAAGCAGCAGCUCCAAAGCUUAUGUCUGAUCCCGGCUGAUCCGACUGCAGAACCGAGAACCAUCUCCUUCAAAUCCAGA